AUGUCUCAGCAAUCAUCAAGCCAGUCGCUAAGUCAUGUACCAGUUGUGCCAGAUACGAGCGUGCCUCUGGCCUUGCAGCAGGGCACUAUGAUGCUUAAGGUAUCAGCAAAGAAGGAGAAAAGGGUACUGUUUCGUAUAGAUCCGGAUGAAGGUCAAAUCUUCUACGAAUCGAGGAAAAGUGGUGUCAUUCCCAUUGAAGCGAUCAAGGAGAUCCGCUCAGGUCCAGAAUCUAGAUACUACCGUUCACAGUUCAAGUUAUCGCAAGCGAUGGAGGAUCGAUGGAUAACUAUCAUUUACAUCCUUGAGGGCAGCUAUAAGACCAUCCACAUCGUUUCCGACACCACUGAGAUCUUCACUGAUUGGCUUACGACCCUCAAGAAGCUCUGUGUGGUCAGGCAGGGUUUGAUGACUGGCCUGGGAAACAUCAAGGUUCGAGACACGGUGUGGGAGAAGCAGUAUUGGAAAGGGGCGGAUCGCCAAGGUGAUCAGCGACUCGAGUUUGCAGAAGUUGAGGGUUUGUGCAGGAGGUUGAAUGUAAAUUCAUCUCAGGCAGAACUGAGAAAGAUUUUCGAGGAGGCCGACAGCCAGAGGUAUGGCUACCUCGACUUUGAUGCUUUCAAGCGUUUCGUCAAGUUGCUCAAGAGACGGCCCGAUAUCGAAACGAUAUACAAUGAUUUAGGAAGACUCGAUCUACCCACUUUCACAAAGUUCCUCCACGAAUGCCAAAAAUCUACAGCAGACGCUUCAACUAUAUUUUCCAGAUAUUCACCUAACUCUGAGGUCAUGAGCUUGGGUGCCUUCGUAUCUUUCCUCUUCUCUAAUGAUAAUAGUCCAUUUUCCGAACUAAAUGAUCCUAAUUGGCAAGACAUGACUCGUCCGAUGCCGGAAUAUUUCGUAUCUUCCUCUCACAACACUUAUCUUGUCGGACAUCAGCUUGUUGGAGUGAGUACCGUUGAAGGAUACAUCCGUGCACUUCUACACAGCUGCCGCAGCGUUGAGUUGGACAUUUACGAUGGUGAAGAUGGCGAGCCUGUAGUUUAUCAUGGCAAAACCUUGACCUCCGAAGUCACUGUACGGGCUGUAUGUGAAGCUAUCGCCAAGUACGCCUUCGUCACAUCACCGUAUGCCAUCAUCAUAAGUGCCGAAGUCCACUGUGGAGUUCAGCAACAGAACAAGAUCGCAGAACUCAUGACAGCCGUUUUCGGCGAUUCAAUGAUACAAGCGCCAGUAGAAGGAAGGCCGCCUGUAGAUCAGCUACCAAGCCCUAAGGAUUUGAAAGGGAAGAUUUUGCUGAAGGCCAAAAAUCUCUAUCUUGCUGCAGAAAUAGCGGCUGAACAAGUCCGAAAAACUGAGGAAGCUCGCGCUGCGACCGCAGCCGACGAAUCCUGGUCUUCGUCGUCGUCUUCCGGCACAGAUUCUAGUAUACUUGACAACCUCAAAUCCCGCUGGCGGCGCGUGAAAAAGUCCCAACCCAAGAACAAGCCGUUAAUGUCAUUCAAACUCGCUUCCCUGCUCGUUUACACUGUCGGUGUGAAAUGCAGGGGCCUUUCGGCAACGGAGACAUAUGCGCCUGAGCACAUUUUUUCUCUCUCCGAGUCACGGGCGAACAGAACUGAUCCCAAGGCCCUGGUACGACAUACACACGGACAUAUGGUGAGAAUAUAUCCGAAGGGGACGAGGGUAAAUUCGACGAACUAUGAACCGGUAAAGUACUGGGCUGUAGGUGCGCAGCUGGUUGCCAUAAACUGGCAGACGUUCGAUUUAGGGUACAUGAUCAAUCAAGCCAUGUUCCAGCGAAAUGGACGAUGCGGCUAUGUACUCAAACCAGAGGCUUUGAGACCUGGAGGCGAAUCCUUGUUGGAGAGAAAGAUCAGGUACACAUUUGAAGUCAAGAUUGUAUCGGCCCAGCAACUCCCUCUCCCCAAAAAUAGCUCUGGGCAAGAGGUCGUCGAAAAAUCGGUAAUUGAUCCAUACGUGGAGGUGUCUUUGUAUGUGCCUGACUGGACGCACUCGUCCUUUGACGAAUGGAGCGAGGCACUCGAAUCUGGCAAAACUCAGGAUAAGAAAAUUUCGGCUAGAACGGGCGUGGUCAAGAACAAUGGUUUCAAUCCUGUAUGGAAUCAAGAUCUGUCCUUGUCGUUUGACUGUAUCGGGGGCGAAAGCAUGCUUGAUUUAAUAUUUGUGCUCUUUGCUGUGCGUGAUGACGAAGAAGACGAGAAGGCGGUUGCAAGCUAUUGUGUUCCGCUGGGAGAACUCAGGCAAGGAUGGAGGCAUCUACCGCUGCAUGAUGAGCAGCUGUCGCAGUUUUUGUUUUCGACGCUUUUCGUGAAGACGGGGUUGAGAGAGGCAUAAAGGCGUCAUCUAGGAGACAUUUCAAAAGGACUACGUAUUAUUGCAUAUGGCCUGUGCUGGCUCUUGCAUUUUAAAUCGACAAUCUACAUGGACAAGGACGUCAAGCAUAAUCGCCGCAAAUUCGAAGGCUAC